CAUACGAAGAGGGUGGUGUCGUAAAGCGGUGAAUGAAGCGGGGGAAUGCGCGAAGAGAAGAGUCGCGGGAGGAGACAGACGGAGACGCCAUGAACAGAGCGGACGCAUAAACAAUCCGCCCCGCUCGGCUAUUGUUUUUUUUUCUAAUUCUGAAAUACUAAUCACACACAAUUAUGCUUCGCGAAUCAACAAUUAGUUUGUUAGAUCUAUAGUAGUGUUUGUAUAGAGCGGUUAUCUAUAGAAAUAGAAUUAAUCAAGAAGAAGAAGAAGAUGACGGAAAGCGUAAAGAAACCGUCGGCUUCAAUAUCUAAUGUCGGAGCAUGGGCCAUGAACAUUGUGAGCUCCGUCGGGAUUAUCAUGGCCAAUAAACAACUCAUGUCUAACAAUGGCUACGUUUUCAGCUUUGCGAGCACGUUAACUGGCUUCCAUUUUGCUGUUACUGCUCUCGUUGGUAUAGUGUCCAAUGCUACUGGUUACUCUGCAUCAAAGCAUGUUCCUAUGUGGGAGCUUCUUUGGUUUUCAAUGGUCGCCAAUAUGUCUAUCACUGGCAUGAAUUUUAGCCUCAUGCUCAACUCCGUUGGAUUCUACCAAAUAUCAAAAUUAAGCAUGAUUCCUGUGGUUUGUGUUAUGGAAUGGAUUCUUCACAACAAACACUACUCAAGGGAAGUGAAAUUUUCAGUGGUGGUUGUGGUUAUUGGUGUUGGUGUUUGUACUGUAACUGAUGUAAAAGUUAACCUGAAAGGUUUCACAUGUGCCGCUAUAGCAGUUUUAUCAACAUCUUUACAACAGAUUUCGAUAGGUUCUCUUCAAAAGAAAUACUCAGUUGGAUCUUUUGAACUGCUGAGUAAGACUGCUCCCAUUCAAGCUCUCUUUCUUCUUAUUCUUGGUCCAGUUGUUGAUUACUACCUUAGUGGAAAAUUGAUAACCAACUAUAAGAUGUCUUAUGGUGCCUUUUUGUGCAUUCUUCUUUCAUGCUCGCUAGCUGUAUUUUGCAAUGUGAGCCAGUACCUUUGCAUUGGGCGCUUUUCAGCUGUUUCUUUCCAAGUUUUAGGGCACAUGAAAACAGUAUGUGUCCUAACACUGGGAUGGCUGCUAUUUGAUUCAGAGCUAACUGUCAAGAAUAUCAUGGGAAUGGCCAUUGCAGUAAUUGGCAUGAUAAUUUACAGUUGGGCAGUGGAGGCUGAAAAAAAGUCAAAUGAAAAAACCUCUCAUCACGCGAAAAAUAGCCUUACCGAAGAAGAAAUUAGAUUAUUGACGGCUGGAAUAGACAAGAUUCCUUUGAAAGAUGUUGAAGUGGGUGAACAUCAAGAAGAUUGAAUAACAAUAUGAUGAUGAAAUUUGAUGAAAUGAGUGCAGACAAUUAUAAUGUGCAUAUUACUUUAUUUGUGUCUUGUCUAGUCUAAAUGGUAGUAAAAGUUGCAUCUCCUUGCAUUCAUAGAUCCAUUUUUAGUUUUGCUCAUGUUAAUAGAAAUGAUUCGUUACUAGUUUGAUUUAUAACAGUUUUGAGUUUAUUCAUUUGGCCUGCAAAGAGAUUUAUGAUUAUGAUGACAGCCAUUCGGAUGUAUAAUGUGUACGCUAACGGAAAGCGAUAAAAAGUUCAAUUAUAGAAUAUAUCAGCAAUAAUGUUUUGUAAUUAAAGUCUUUUCAUGUUGUCAAGUGAACACUAUUUAUAUGAAGAUAU